CGGUAGUAUGCACAAGACAAAAAAAAAGAAAUUAUAUCUAAGUGAAAUAAUGAAUGCUUAUUUGUGCACAUGGUAAACCUGAAACGAAGCGUGAAAUUUAAAGAUUCGCCUCAGCACACACACACACACACACACGUGCAACUGCAGCGUUGCUGGCACGUGCAACAUGCGAUGCAUAGUUGCCACAAACGAAGUGAAGCGUCGAAGCAAACAAGUGGCGAACGUCUGCAACACUUACCAUUGACACGUCGGUAUAGUAAAGUGCCCGGUUCGGUCUUAACGCUUUGCAAUUUUCCCCUCCUGGACUAAAGUAUUAAAGCUAAGUAACAGUUGUGGCGCUCUCAGCUGCCCUUUUGUGUCACAUGACAGCCAUCCGAUUUUUAAGUGCGCGUUUCGACAAGAAAGUAGAGAAAAGUGUCUUCCGAGAUCUGUGUGAAGAAUUGCAAUUUAUUACUACCCCUCCAGAAUUUUUAAUCUUCCUCCGCUUAUAAACUUUUUUUAGAUGAAAACGUUUGGCGGCCAUCAAAUCACAAAUUAACUUCCGGGACGUUCUUCCAUGCACUAUAAAUGCAUCAUCCAGUAUCGCAGAAGUAAUGAAGGGCACUUACACAAUCCAAUACAAAGUUAAUAGAUCCUCCAUGCAACUCAAAGUGGCUAUAAGUGGCUAAUCUAUGCAUAUACAAAUCUCCAAGUAAAAACCAAAUCUCCAAUAAAACUUUUUGGUUUUGGUUUGAAGUCUGCGAGCACACAUCAUGCAUGUUUGAAGCCAGACGUUGCAACUGCAAACUCGGACAUCCAACACCGAACUUCACAUAUACCAAGGCGUAUCUCAACUUUCUUACACAAAUGCAGAUUAAUGCGGACGUAUUUUGUCUUAACGCGACUAAAAAACAACGAGGUCGACCUCUACGCAUUGCGAAAGAAGGCUAUGUAUACAGAUUAGCAGCGCCAUCUCAUCUCGGGAUUCACACAGGCAAAAGUUUCAUUGAAACAGCAGUCGUCCUCUACACCAAGAGCCCCAAACGUUCGAUGUUAAUAUGAAUUAUAAACCAUCAUCUUCAUCCUCAUCCAACAGUCCCCCACACCAAUCAACGUAUCCACCAAGAUCCGCAUCCAAUUCCUCGUCGAACACCCAUAGCACAACAACACACACACCAGCAAUCAUUCCACUAGACUACAAUUAUCAUACAAUGUCACCAUCCUCAAUAUCACAAUUUCCCAUCGGGCGCAUUACAUCUGCGGCCACCUCCACCACAAGCGGCGCUUAUCAUUUGCACACACAUUCACGACUUAGCAGUACGCACGCGUCCGGCAGUGCCUCAGUCGAUGUUGAGAUGGAUAAUCAGUAUAACAGUCUUUUCGGCGAUCCUGUUCCACCGCCACCCCCGCCCGAUUUUCAUACUUCACAAUUUAAUCCUGUGAGUGUUUUCCAUCCAGUGUCAUUGGAAAUCAGUUCUGGCUCUGAAGAAGACACUACUGACCGUCUAGCUUCGUUAGAAGUUGAAAGGCCCGCACAGACACGCCUUUUUUCUAAUGUGCCUUUCAGCUCCGCAUUUAGUAGGCGAAUGUCUGACAAUGCAGCUCCCAGAAACUUCGAUGUGCUUCCCACUCCCAUGCCGCGUCUUCAACCACCAGAUAUUCAAAUAUUACCUAAUUCCAGUGGUGAUUCAAGCUCUGAAGCACGGGAAUCGCCCAAUUACACAUUACUCGCACCCGACACAACAAAUCGCCAUCAUACAAUAUAUGAUGACAGGCAACCGACAGAUGUAACCGAAAUUGUAGAGUCUUAUGAAGUCAGAGAUGCAAAAGGUGUCCUCGACUACUCAGAAGCCACACGGCGCGUAUCUAAUUUUAGUGAAGAUUUCAAAUCGAAUGUUGGAGCACUGAGCAACGUUGAAAAGCCACAUAUGGAAAAUUCACCUCCUUCAGUAAGCCAACCGUUUCCUCAUCAAUUUCCGAACGAACCUUAUACAAACAACGAAUGGUUUCGGCCAGCAACUCAAGACUACCCUGAAUUCAGUAAGAUACCAAGACUGCGUCCAAGUUCUAAAAACGUUAUGUCGAUUAAAAGGGAAGACAUGCCAAUGCACCAGUCUCCGGUUGCAGCAAUGAUAAAUGACUCGAACGGUUCUAGUAGUGGAGAGGAACGAAUGAUGGAUAGAACACAUACUUUAGACAAGUCAACGGUACCUUUGACUAGUUUCCAACCACCAGCAAGACCACCCGACCCGUCUCCAACUCUUCUCCGUGAAAUUGAAACGGAAUUAUUGCUCUCUCCUCAAGAGUAUUUGCAAUACGAGGACGAAAGUCCUAUAGUUAGUUCGACUCAAGUGACAUCACCUCCUCCAGCUGCUCCACCACCGCCAGAUCUACUAACUGCAAUGCCAAGCGAAAGUCAGAAUUCCAUAAAACGCGAAAUGUCACCCGUGAUAUUGCGGAAUUCAAUAGCCACUGGUGGGGAAUUUAGGGUUGAGCAGACACGCCUUCACAAGAAGACAUCAUUUACAAUUAUUUCAGAAAAAUCACCACAAUCAUCAUGCACCCAUAGUCCGUCAUCGCACAGUCAAAAGCAGCGGUCACCGCAAAAAAUGUCCGCCAUAUCGCCAAUGAAACCUGUUGCUAAACCACGACAGUAUUUGCAACAUAAAUCCUUAUCAGCCUCUCAACUCAAGUUGCCACAGUUGCCACAACAGAAACUUCAAGCUCCCGCCGAUGACUCUCCUCGCCCUUCUGUACAAUUUAAUAUGACUGGUCGGCAUACGCCAAACAUGAUGACUCAACGGGGCAUAUUGCAACAUCGUGAGUCACUGUCAUCAUCGCAAGAUAUUACACCAUCAUCCCCUUCAGCGGGACGCAAAUCAAAAUUGCGUCGCCCUUCAACACUGCCAACAUUUGCCAAACAAGCAAAUGAAUCAAAAAUAAAAAGUUGUGAAACUCUACCUUUUAUAACCGAUCCAUACCGUACUGCUAUUCCACGCUUCAACCGCUCCGUUACAGAUCUACAUAUAGAGCCAGCAGUAUUUCCACCAGGUGCGUUGCCUCGCCCCAUUAAACCCAACCCCAACCCCACUCGGAAGCAAAAAGGUCUGCUCCGCAUACUAAAUGGAAACACUUCGCAUUUACCAUUGCGUUCAAACUGGGCUAGUAUGGAGGACCUACCUCUUGGUAGGCAGCUAAAAACUCCUCUUGCAACACCUACACACAUUUCACAGAGUCGUCGACGCUCAAGCUCUACAUCGCCUGAACGCCGUAGUUCGACACAAACAGCUUCAGAUCGGCGGAGUUCCAAUAUAAGUUCAGUUACAACAUCCGAUUUUAGUUUUCGUCGUUCGCCCUUGCCGCUACAUCAGCAGCGUAGAAAAUCCUCAUUUCCAUCUACAAGCCCCAAAACUAAACGUCGACAAUCUCUAAUACAACCAGCAAGCUUGUCUGGUGGCCGAACAUCCCGUACAAAAGUUGCUAAGCCUUCUACGCUUUCACCCAUCAUUGGUACACCGAACAAAGAUAGUAGCACACCUCAAAGUCCUGAACAAAAUAUUGCUGGUUCAUUAGCACCGUCAGAGGCAUUUUCGGAUAUGACAUCUCGGCGGGAUUCACUUUCAAAGAUACCUUUGCGCUCUUCGAACUCGCGUCCAAUUUCGCGUUCUUCAUCGCCAUUGAAAGAGUUUAUGUCUCAAUUGCCAAUAUCUGAUAUAAAUUCAAGAGGAACAUCUAGUCGCACUACUUCUCGUGCAACAGUAAGGACCGAUGCUUCUCAAUCAGUUUCGCGUAGCAAUUCCAGACCGGCAUCACGUUCUACUUCUCGUGCAUCUACCCAUCCAAUAUCACGAGCAGCGUCACGCGCUAGUACACGACCGAAUUCGCGAAUGGAAAUGGCAAAAGAAAUAGCAAACUCCCGAUCUAACUCAAGAAUGAGCAUACUUUCAACAGCUUCAAUCACUGGUAACGUUUCCCCUAAUUCUGGAAAAAGAAGUACUGAACCUUCACCAGUAACCACUCGGCGGCGAACAUCCAUAUCUGUCAGUCCAGUUUCAAACAGAAAAGUACGUACACGGCGACAGUCACUCAGUCCACCUCACAAAAAGAGAUCAGGAAGCCGUGGGAGAGGGAAGAAAAUUAGGGAGCGAUCUGAGUCGAGGCAUAGUUCGCGAUCUCGUAUACCAUUAAGGGAUAGUAGUGUAACAAAAGCAAAGCAAACACCGUCAGUGGUGCCGAAAGAGCUAGGCAGCCGUUCACCCUCGAAAUCAAAGGGUUCAAAAAUGGUACGUCGAACAACGCCAGCGCAAACUCCGUCAAAUCAACGAAAAAACCCAAAAAGUGCCAAAAAAGUACCUACUUCGAUACAUAAACCGGAGUCCAAUGUGAAGCGCAAACCAUCGUCCGUGGGCAAACUGGAGGCAUCUAUUAAAAAGCAACCAAGUAAUCUUCAAAAACCCGGAAGGGUGAACCUUAUACGAGAACCUUCUAAUGUACGAAAGAAAGAAACUCCAAAAACUGGUACAGGAAAAAAUAUACGACGCGAAGGCACGGCUACAACAAUAACCACAAAGAAAGCGGCUGUUAAUUCUUCUGCAGCUGCUGUGGCUUUGACGGCAAGUGGACUAAAACGCCAUGCUACAACAAAAAAUUCAAUGAAGUUUACUACCAAGAGCAACACAGUAACAACUAAAGGAAAAGGAAACGAGAAGAAAGCGGAAACGACGAAGGGUAAUAAUGGUGACAAUAACGCCGAAAUGACAAAGCAAGAAGAAAAAAAGGCUUCUUCGAGCAAAGAAGAUGCUAGUAAUCUGAAAAGUGUUAGCCCUGUGGGAAUCGAAACAACCAAAAUAGCUGCAAUACCUGUAGGGGUAGCUGCUGUCGCUGCUACUUCUACAAAAGGCGCACCGAACAUUAGUUCUGGUAGCACGGGAAGCAGCGGUUCCACCUCAGGUAUCAAAAAGCAUCCUUCCAAUGCAUCACUUGUACGCAUGGCUUCCCGAAUGAGUCUGCUCAGCAUGAAGCGCUCCGACAGCAACCUUAGCAAGAAGGCAACGGUCCCGGCGGUUGCUGAGGAGACAACUGAUGGGUUGAAAAAAACCGGAAAACCAGGAUAUUUACAAAAAAGCAACAGUCGUACACAAUUGAAGACGCCUGAAGAUAUGGCUGGUCUACCUGCAGCCAUAUUAGAGAAAUCCCAGAAGACUCUGGAGAAUAUUCAAAAGACUGUUACAGUGGCGACAGAUGAAAUUAAUAAAACCAUUCAUGAAAAUCUCACCGAUCUGAAAAGUCUCGAAAGUGAUAUGGGUCGGUUUUCAGAUAGCGCAGGAUCACCCACAUCGAGUGUGGCUACCGUUGUGGAAAACAAAAUCGGUGGUAAAGCUGGGACUGCUAGUGGUAACGAGAGUGGGUUGGCCGGAGACUCGAUCGCACGCACGGUGACCGCUGAGGGAUCAACCCCAACAGCGGGCACAAAAAAAAUGCCGCACAAAAAUGGUAGUAGCGGUGUUAAGGCUGCGACCCCCACACAAAAAUCUCCUCUACCCCCAACACAGCCGAUCGAGGCAGAUGUUUCAGUAUUGAACUCGUCCAUGCACGCCACAGAGCAUGCCACUGUGGCUGCAGCAGCCGCAGCAGCUGCCACAACGGGCGCAAUGGCGAUGCCACAUACGGGCGUCGUAGACGCCACCGUCGAACGGGUUAGUGAACGUGCUUUAUCAGUAUCAGUUAUGCCAGAAGUUGACUGUGACGAUGCAAAUUUCCAGAAUUACACAUACAAUGGGGACGGUGCAGCGGACAAAACAGUUGAUGGAGCAAUGUUGGAUGAUGAAGGUCGUGCGAAUGCCGCUGAUGCGAGUGGAAACGAACGAAAUGGAGUUGGCCGCGAUGGUGCCAAAGGAGAUGGUGUUACUGACGACGAUAUAAAACGGCGCUCGCCUGAUGGACAGGGCGGCUCAGCGGCGGGCAGUGGCAACGGCAGCCGAGAGUUUCUGAAAGAGCAAGAAGGCCACUUAGGGACACCGACUGGUUGUUGCCGUUGCUGCACGAAGUUUUGUCUUCCAUGUCGGCGCCUACGCUGCUCGCGUUGCUGUCGUCGCAAAAAGAGUCUGGUCGGCGAUGAAAGCGAGGAGCCAGUACUUUCUGCGACCAGCAGCGUCUCCACCACCAACCUCGAGGUCAUCGAUGAAGCGCGACAUCCAUCGGAUCACGAAAAAACCAAAACGAGCUGUUGGCAAAAAUUGAACUGCUGCAAACGUUGUCGCAAGCAGCCGAAGGUGGCUGCCAGCCACACGAAUGAGAGCGCAAAAAUGACAGUGGCGACCAAAACGGAAUCUGCGAUGGCAGCAACAACACCUGCUGCACCCAAGCAGGGCGGGUGUGGAUCCUGCUUGAGUAAAUUAUUUUGUUGUCGACGUGUCAACAAGGUCGAUCCCACAACUGGUGAUGAGACGGAAUUGAAGAAGUGUUGUUUUUGUAUACCUUGUCGACGCAAGAAAGCUGGACGUGGCGCUACUAUCGCCUCGACAGUUUCACGGACUGGCUCGGUGGCCUGGCAAGAUCCGGAAAGUGGUAUUGCAGCUAGUGAUGCAUCUGUUUUGGAAGGUGCCAUUUCGCCAGAAAUAGAGCGACCACAGGGUUGUUGCAAACGCUUUUGGAGCAAACUGCUGUGUUGUCGACGCAAAAAGUUGCCGAAGCCAAGUGAGAGUCGGCGGGCAAGCAUGAAGGCUCCACCACCGCCGAGUGAGGACACUCGACGCAAGCUACAUGUGGACCUAGUAGAGUAUAGCUCGAAAAUGAAAGGCGCUAUUCCAGUAUUGCCGCUCUCUUUAGCCUGGUUUUGCGCAAUUUGUAACACCAUCUUUCCAGGACUAGGCACCUUAUUCUCGGGCAUUUUUUGCCUUUGCGUUGGAAUCCCACGCUUUUCGCAAUACGACAGCGCGAAGGCGCGUUUCGGUUCUUUCAUAAUCAACAUAAUCGUUUCCGUGGCGCAACUGUUUUGUGUCCUCUUCUGUUUUGUCGGUUGGGGCUGGUCCAUCUGGUGGGGCACGAUCAUGCUGAAAUGUGCAAGAAAACUAAAUAAAAUCAAGAAGGUUGAGCGUCUGGAAAUGGAGGAGGAGCGUCGCCAAGCAGAGGCAGCAGCCGCAGCUGCAGCAACAGCGGCGCGAGGGGCAACUAAUGCCGGUGUUCAUACUACGGCGGCGACGGCCACGACCGAGAGCGCAGCUUAAAGACACUUUAGUUUGAUAUUUAAAACUAAAUUGAAGCAGAAAAUACUUUGAAAUGGACAUGAAGUAGUAAUUUUGAGGAACAUAGAUUUUAGUUUGCGUUUUAAUGAUACUAAAGACUUCCAAAAAACUUCCAAAACGCUAAGAAAUGCUAGCAAAGAUAAAAUCUUCCGAAAAAAACUUCCGUUGGUGAAAAAUUGUAACGCACAAAGACUACAGAUAUCAAGUAAUAGCUGCACAGAGUUCUUUACAAAAGCGAGAGAGAGAAGUGACAAUAUACAAAAUCUUGAAAAUUAGUGCCUUAAUAAUUGAAUUCAUACAGUUUGACACUCAAGAGCUCAGCACCGAGGAAUAAAGUUAUUUAUAUUUGCUGUUGAAAGAAAUACACAGAAUAAGUAGUAUUUUCCAUAUGACACGCAGGCAUCAGUUCACAAUUUAAAUACAUAAAAUGACCACAUUUCACUUCAUUAACCAACGAGAUGCGGAAAUCUCUCUGAAAGGUGCACUUAAAAAGCUUAAAUUGCUAAACCGUAUACAUAUCAAUAUAUAUUGUAUAAUCUAAGUACAUAAUAGAAAAUCGUGUGCUUACACAUACAUAUCUUCACCCAUAUCUGUAGAAUAGAGAAUUUAAGUUUUUCCUAAAUAAAUACGUAUAUAUCAAUUAAUAUACAAUACAUACCACUUAAGAAAUUGUGAAGUGCGAAUUCCGAUUGUAACAAAAUAGUUAACUAAAUGUAGCUAUUAUAUAAUGUAAAUAACGAGAAUAAUAAUUUUUAAGUUUUUAUAUCAUUUCUUUAGUUUUAAAAACGAAUGAAUAUAUAAUAAAUAAAUGAUAAAUAU